AUGGCUCCACCCCGUGGCAUGACAUCAAAUACUGAACCAGCAAGCUCAACGCCUGAAACAACAACACAUUCUAUGGGUGGCAUGAUGGCUUCACCCCGUGUCAUGACAUCAAAUACUGAACCAGCAAGCUCAACGCCUGAAACAGCAACACAUUCUAUGGGUGGCAUGAUGGCGCCACCCCGUGGCAUGACGUCCAACACUAUACCAGCAAGCUCAACGCCUGAAACAACAACACAUUUUAUGGGUGGCAUGAUGGCUCCACCCCGUGUCAUGACGUCAAAUACUGAACCAGCAAGCUCAACGUUUCAAACGACUACACAUUCUAUGGGUGGCAUGAUGGCUCCACCCCGUGGCAUGACGUCAAACACUGAUACAUCAAGCUCAACGCCUCCAACGACUACACAUUCUAUGGGUGGCAUGAUGGCUCCACCCCGUGUCAUGACAUCAAAUACUGAACCAGCAAGCUCAACGCCUGAAACAACAACACAUUAUAUGGGUGGCAUGAUGGCGCCACCCCGUGGCAUGACGUCCAACACUGAACCAGCAAGUUCAACGCCUGAAACAACAACACAUUCUGUGGGUGGCAUGAUGGCUCCACCCCGUGUCACGACGUCAAACACUGAACCAGCAAGCUCAACGCUUCAAACGACUACACAUUCUAUGGGUGGCAUGAUGGCUCCACCCCAAGGUAUGACGUCAAACACUGAUAAAGCAAGCUCAACGCCUCAAACUACAACACAUUCUAUGGGUGGCAUGAUGGCUCCACCCCAAGGUAUGACGUCAAACACUGAUACAGCAAGCUCAACGCUUCAAACGACUACACAUUCUAUGGGUAGCAUGAUGGCUCCAACCCAAGGUAUGACGUCAAAUACUGAACCAGCAAGCUCAACGCCUGAAACAACAACACAUUCUAUGGGUGGCAUGAUGGCUCCACCCCAAGGUAUGACGUCAAAUACUGAACCAGCAAGCUCAACGCCUCAAACGACAACACAUUCUAUGGGUGGCAUGAUGGCUCCACCCCAAGCAAGCUCAACGCCUCAAACGACUACACAUUCUAUGGGUGGCAUGAUGGCUCCACCCCGGGGCAUGGCGUCAAAUACUGAACCAGCAAGCUCAACGCCUCAAACCACUACACAUUCUAUGGGUGGCAUGAUGGAUCCAACCCGUGACAUGACGUCAAAUACUGAACCAGCAAGCUCAACGCCUCCAAUGACUACACAUUCUAUGGGUGGCAUGAUGGCUCCACCCCGUGACAUGACGUCAAAUACUGAUACAGUAAGCUCAACGCCUCAAACGACUACACAUUCUAUGGGUGGCAUGAUGGCUCCACCCCAAGGUAUGAUGUCAAACACUGAUACAGCAAGCUCAACGCUUCAAGCGACCAUCCAUUCUGUCGGUGGCAUGAUGGCUCCAACCCGUGUCAUGACGUCAAAUACUGAUGCAACAAGCUCUGCGUCUCAUACGACUACACAUUCUAUGGGUGGCAUGAUGGCUCCAACCCAAGGUAUUACAUCAAACACUGAUUCAACAAGUUCAACGUCUCAAACCACUACACAUUCUAUGGGUGACAUAAUUGCUCCACCCGGUGACAUGACGUCAAAUACUGAUACAGCAAGCUCAACGCUUCAAACGACUACACAUUCUAUGGGUGGCAUGAUGGCUCCAACCCGUGGCAUGACAUCAAACACUGAUGGAUCAAGCUCAACGCCUCAAACCACUACACAUUCUAUGGGUGACAUAAUUGCUCCACCCGGUGACAUGACGUCAAAUACUGAAACAGCAAGCUCAACACCUCAAACGACUACACAUUCUAUGGGUGGCAUGAUGGCUCCAACCCGUGUCAUGACGUCAAAUACUGAUACAGCAAGCUCAGCGUCUCAAACACUUACACAUCCUAUGGGUGGCAUGAUGGCUCCACCCCAAGGUAUGACGUCAAAUACUGAAACAGCAAGCUCAACGCUUCAAACGACUACCCAUUCUGUCGGUGGCAUGAUGGCUCCCUUCCGUGGUAUGACGUCAAAUAAUGAUACAGGAAGUUCAACUACUGAAGCUUCCUCCUCUACCACUGAUAUAUCUACAGUGACCACCAAUACUUCCAAAUAUACUACUGAAGCUUCCUCCUCUACCACUGAUAUAUCUACAGUGACCACCAAUACUUCCAAAUAUACUACUGAAGCUUCCUCCUCUACCCCUGAUAUAUCUACAGUGACAACCAAUGCUUCCAGAUAUACUACUGAAGCUUCCUCCUCUACCACUGAUAUAUCUACACUGACCACCAAUACUUCCAAAUAUACUACUGAUGCGUCUACAUCUAUUCCUUUUGAUUCAACAGGUGCGACGGGAGACACUAUAUCAAACCCUAGAUUUGCUGCAACUCAGGCUACUUCGUCAUCCGACGAUUCCCGAUAUGCCACCAGUGCAUCAGCUACACAUUCUAUGGGUGGUAUGAUGUCACCAACUCAUGCCACAACCUCGGCAACUGAUACCACAACACCGGCAACUGAUACCACAACCUCGGUAACUGCAGCAGUAACGCAUUCUAUGGGUGGUAUGAUGUCUCCAACUCAUGCCACAGCCUCAGCCACUGAUACCACAACCUCGGCAACUGCAGCAAUAACGCAUUCUAUGGGUGGAAUGAUGUCUCCAACUCAUGCCACAACCUCAGCCACUGAUACCACAACCUCGGCAACUGCAGCAAUAACGCAUUCUAUAGGUGGAAUGAUGUCGCCAACUCAUGCCACGACCUCAACCGUUGAAACCACAACCUCGGCAACUGCAGAAAAAACGCAUUCUAUGGAUCCCAUGAUGUCUCCUACUGAUGCUACGAUCCCAAACAUUGAUGUUUCAACUUCCACCGCUGAAACAACUAAAUCUGCCACUGAUUUGUCAACAUCAUACAAUGAGGUUGCUUUAUCCACCUCUGAAGCUACUACAUCUUCCACAAAUGUCUCAACGUUUACCAGUGAAGAUACUUCAACCACAACAGAUGUUUCUAAUUCUACCAAUGAUGCUGAGUUUACCAAUGAGACUGAAUUUUCUGCCGAAAAAUCAUUUACCACCGAGGUUUCGUCAACUACUGAAGCUUCAUCUAUCUCCGAAUAUUCGUCAACUACUGAAGCUGUAGCUACCAACGAGUUUUCGUCAACUUCUGAAACUACAUCCUCUACCACUGAUGUAUCUACAUUAACCACCAAUACAUUUAAAUAUACUUCUGAUGCGUCUACAUCUAUUCCUUUUGAUUCAACAGGUGCGACGGAAGACACCAUAUCAACCCCUAAAUUUUCUCCAACUCAGGCUACUGCGUCAUCCGACGACUCCCGAUUUGCGACCAGUGCGUCAGCUACGCAUUCUAUGGGUGGUAUGAUGUCUCCAACUCAUGCCACAACCUCAGCCACUGAUACCACAACCUCGGCAACUGCAGCAAUAACGCAUUCUAUGGGUGGUAUGAUGUCUCCACCCCAUGCCACAACCUCAGCCACUGAUACCACAACCUCGGCAACUGCAGCAAUAACGCAUUCUAUAGGUGGAAUGAUGUCUCCAACUCAUGCCACGACCUCAACCGUUGAAACCACAACCUCGGUAACUGCAGCAAAAACGCAUUCUAUGGAUCCCAUGAUGUAUCCCACUGAUGCCACGAUCUCAAACACUGAUGUCCCAACUUCCACCGCUAAAGCAACUAUUCCUGCCAUUGAAUUGUCUCCAUCUGUUACGGAGGUUGCCACUGAAGCUACUUCAUCUUCUGCUUAUGUUUCUUCAUUUACCAGUGAAGAUACUUCAACAACAACAGAUGAUUCCAAUUCUACCACUAUCGCAUCAUUUACCAAUGAGAAUGAAUCUGCCGCUGAAGAUACAUUUACAUCCGAGGUUUCGUCUACUAUAGAACCUACAUAUAAUACUGAUGUUUCGUCAACUGCCGAAGCUACAUCCUCUACCACUGAUUUAUCUACAUUAACCACCAAUACUUCCAAAUAUACCACUGACUCGUCUACGUCUAUUCCUUUUGAUUCAUCAGCUGCAGCGGAAGAUACAACAGCAACCCCUGAAAUUCAACCCACUCAUGCUACUCCUUCUUCCGAUGAUGCCCAAAUUGCCACUACUGCAACCACUACACAUUCUAUGGGUGGUAUGAUGUCGCCAACUCAUGCCACAACCUCGGCAACUGAUACCAUAACCUCAGCCACUGAUACCACAACCUCGGCAACUGCAGCAAUAACGCAUUCCAUGGGUCCCAUGACGUCUCCCACUGAUGCCACGAUCCCAAACAUUGAUGUUUCAACUUCCACCGCUGAGACAACUAAAUCUGCCACUAAUUUGUCAACAUCAUACAAUGAGGUUGCUUUAUCUACCUCUGAAGCUACUUCAUCUUCCACAAAUGUCUAUCCGUUUACCAGUGAAGAAAUUUCAACCACAACAGAUGUUUCUAAUUCUACCAAUGAUGCCGAGUUUACCAAUGAGAUUGAAUUUUCCGCCGAAGAAUCAUUUGCCACCGAGGUGUCGUCAACUACUGAAGCUACAUCUAUCUCCGAAUAUUCGUCAACUACUGAAGCUGUAGCUACCAACGAGUUUUCGUCAACUUCUGAAACUACAUCCUCUACCAUUGAUGUAUCUACAUUAACCACCAGUACAUCCAAAUAUACUACUGAUGAGUCUACAUCUAUUCCUUUUGGUUCAACAGGUGCGACGGAAGACACUAUAUCAACCCCUAAAUUUUCUCCAACUCAGGAUACUGCGUCAUCCGACGACUCCCGAUUUGCAACCAGUGCAUCAGAUACGCAUUCUAUGGGUGGUAUGAUGUCUCCAACUCAUGCCACAACCUCAGCCACUGAUACCACAACCUCGGCAACUGCAACAAAAACGCAUUCUAUAGGUGGAAUGAUGUCUCCAACUCAUGCCACGACCUCAACCGUUGAAACCACAACCUCGGCAACUGCAGCAAAAACGCAUUCUAUGGAUCCCAUGAUGUAUCCCACUGAUGCCACGAUCUCAAACAUUGAUGUCUCAACUUCCACCGCUAAAGCAACUAUUCCUGCCAUUGAAUUGUCUCCAUCUGUUACGGAGGUUGCCACUGAAGCUACUUCAUCUUCUGCUUAUGUUUCUUCAUUUACCAGUGAAGAUACUUCAACAACAACAGAUGAUUCCAAUUCUACCACUAUCGCAUCAUUUACCAAUGAGAAUGAAUCUGCCGCUGAAGAUACAUUUACAUCCGAGGUUUCGUCUACUACAGAACCUACAUAUAUUACUGAUGUUUCGUCAACUGCCGAAACUACAUCCUCUACCACUGAUUUAUCUACAUUAACCACCAAUACUUCCAAGUAUACCACUGAAUCGUCUACGUCUGUUCCUUUUGAUUCAUCAGCUGCAGAGGAAGAUACAACAACAACCCCUGAAAUUCAACCCACUCAUGCUACUCCUUCUUCCGAUGAUGCCCAAAUUGCCACUACUGCAACCACUACACAUUCUAUGGGUGGCAUGUUGUCUAAAACUCAUGCCACGACUUCAGCCACUGUUACCAUAACCUCGGCCAUUGCAGCAAAAACGCAUUCUAUAGGAGGGAUAAUGUCUCCCAAUGAUGUCACGACCUCAAUCACUGAUGCCUCAACUUCCACCGAUGAAACAACUAUAUCUGCCACUGAUUUGUCCACAUCAUAUAAUGAAAUUACUUUAUCUACCCCUGAAGCUCCUACAUCUUCCACAAAUGCCUCUCCGUUUACAAGUGAAGAUACUUCAACCACAAUCGAUGUUUCUAAUUCUACCACUAACGCCGCGUUUACCAAUGAGACUGAACCUUCCGAAGAAGAAUCAUUUACAACUGAGGUUUCGUCAACUGCUAAAACUUCAUCUAUCUCCGCAUAUUCGUCAACUACUGAAGCUGCAUCUGCCGCAGAAGUUUCGUUUACUACUAAAGACACAUCGAUCACCGAAGUUUUGUCAAUUUCUAAAGUUACAUCUAUCUUCGAAGAUUCAUCAACUAUUGAAGCUGUAGCUACCAACGAGUUUUCGUCGACUACUGAAGCUACAUACUCUACCACUGAUGUAUCUACAUUAACUACGAAUACAUCCAAAUAUACAACUGAUUCAACAGGUGCGCCGGAAGAAACUAUAUCAACCCCUAAAUUUUCUCCAACUCGUGCUACUUCGUCAUCCGGAGAUUCCCGAUUUGCGAACAGUGCAUCAGCUACGCAUCCUUUGGGUGGUUUGAUGUCUCCAACUCAUACCACAACCUCAGCCACUGAUACCACAACCUCUGCAAAUGCAGCAACAACGCAUUCUAUGAAUGCCAUGAUGUCUCCCACUGAUGCCACGAUCUCAAACAUUGAUGUUUCAACUUUCACCGCUGAAACAACUGAAUCUGCCAAUGAUUUGUCAGCAUCAUAUAAUGAGGUUGCUUUAUCUACCUCUGAAGCUACUUCAUCUUCCGCAAAUGUCUCUCCGUUUACCAGUGAAGAUACUUCAACCACAAUCGAUGUUUCUAAUUCUACCACUAACGCCGCGCUUACCAAUGAGACUGAAUCUUCCGCCGAAGAAUCAUUUAGCACCGAGGUUUCGUCAACCACUGAAGCUUCAUCUAUCUCCGAAGUUUCGUCAAUUACUGAAGCUACAUCUUCUACCACUGAUAUAUCUACAUUAACCAUCAGUACUUCCAACUAUACUACAGAUGCGUCUACAUCUAUUCCUUUCGAUUCAACAGGUCCGACGAAAGACACUAUAUCAACUCCUGGAAUUCAACCAACUCAUGCUACUCCUUCUUCCGAUGAUGCCAAAAUUGCCACCACUGCAUCAGCUACGCAUUCAAUGGGUGGUAUGAUAUCUCCAACUCAUGCCACAACCUCAGUCACUGAUACCACCACCUCGACAACUGCAGCAAUAACGCAUCCUAUGGGUGGUAUGAUGUCUCCAACUCAUAUCACGACCUCAGCCACUGAUACCAUUACCUCAGUCACUGCAGCAAAUGUACAUUCUAUCGGGGGAACGACGUCUCCCACUGAUGCCACGACAUCAGCCGUUGAUACCACAACCUCCACCGCUGAAGCAACUGGAUAUCCCAGUAAAGCUACUGAAUCUUCUACUUAUGUCGCCUCAUUUACCAGUGAAGAUAAUUCAUCCAUAACAGAUUAUACUUCCUCCUUAAAUACAACCGAGUUUAAAUCUACCGCUGAAGAGACAUUUACCAUCGAGGUUUCGUCAUUUACUGAACCUACAUCUACAACCAAAAUUACGUCAACUAUCGAAAUUAAAUCAGCGACCGAAGUUUCGUCAACUAGUGAAGCUAACACAGAAAUCCCACCAAGUACUGAAGCUACAUCAUCUACCACAAUUAUGUCUACAUUAACCACCAAUACUUCUUCAUUUGAAACUGAUGCGUCUGCAUUUAUUACUUUUGAUUCAACACCUGCGACAGAAAAAUCUACAGUAACCGGUGAAUUUUCUCGAACUCAUGCCAAGUCUUCAAGUGAUGCCAAAAUUGCGUCAACUACAUCAACUACACAUUCUAUUGAUGGUAUGAUGUCUCCUACGCAUGCCACGGCUCCAGCCACUGCUACAACAACCUUUGCUACUGCAGCCAAAAAACAUUCAAUGGGUGGUAUGGUGUCUACCACUGAUGCUACGACCACAACAAUAGACACCACAACUUCUAUUGCUGGGGCAUCUUUAUAUGCCACUGAUUUGUCAACAUCUAUUACAGAAGUUUUUGUAUCUACCACUGAAGUUACUACAUCUUCCAAACAUGUGUCUCCGUUUACCAGCGACGAUACAUCAACUGCAACAACAGAUUUUUCUACUUCUCCCUUUAAAGCAACAUCUACCAAUGAUGAUAAAUCUACCACCGAAGAUAUAUUUACCACCAAUGAUUCAUUAAGUUCUGAACCAAUAUCUAGCACCGAAGUUUUGUCAACUACUGAAACUACACCCUCUACCACUGAUGAAUCUAAAUCAACCACCAAAACUUACAAAUAUACUGCCGAUACGUCCACAUUUAUUCCUUAUGAUUCAACGGAAGCUAUUACAGCAACCCCUGAAGUUUUCAACACCCAUACUACUUCGUCUUCCAUUGAUGCCCCAAUUGUCACUACUGCAUCAACUACGCAUGCUAUGAAUGGGAUGAUGUUUCCAACUCAUGCUACGACUUCAGUCACUGAUACUUCAACCUCGGCCACUGCUGCAACAACGCAUUUUAUGGUGGGCAUGAUGACUCCUACUCAUACAACGACCCCAGGAACUGGAAGAUCGAUUGCUACAACUGAGUCAUCUACGCAUUCUAUGGGCGGCAUGAUGUCUCCAAAUAUUGUCACUCCCCCGUCCAAAGAUUCAACAUAUGUCCCUACAUAUACGUCUGUUUUCUCCACAUUAAAGAUUGAUCUCCCCCAAUCUGCGACUGAUAAGUUUACACCUACGACUGAUGUAUUCACCUCUUCGACACCUAUCACCGAUGUCACUUUAUUUACAGUUGAUGACAGAACGCUGCUAACUGAUAGCACAAUUUCUACCAUUAAAAGCACCUCAACUCUUGUGAUGUUGUCUUCUACUCAGGCCAAACCUGCUACAGCUGAUUCAUCGUUAGCUUCUUCUGACACAAGGAUUUCUACCCCUAGGACAUCAGCAUCCAUCGCUGAGGAAUCGACCUCUUACACUGAGAAAGUAACAUCUUCUAUUAAGGAACCAACGUCCACCACUGACGCAUUGACAUCUACUGCUCAGGCACAAUCGUCCAUCACUGAGACAUCGACGCCUACUACUGAAACAAUGAAGUCUUCCACUGAUAAAUUGACAUCUGAGAUGCCGACGUCCACCACCGACACAUUGACGUCUUUAACUGGACAGCAAACGUCUUUUACUGGGACUAGGAUGUCUAUCAAUCAGGCAUCGUUGUCUUCCACAGAGACAGUGCAUUAUUCUACCGAGAAAACGAUGGGAGCGACGUCAACAACUGAAGUACAAUCUUUGAUGCCUGAGGGGGUUACGUCUUUCAAGGAGUCCACAAUGUUCAACACUGGGGCGCCGACGCCUUCCACUGACACAAUGGCAUCUUCAACUAAGGCAUUGUUGUCAUCCACUGAUGAACAAACAUUUUUCGCUGAGACCAUGACGUCUGUAAUGGAGACACUGACGUCUUCAAAUAAACCGCAAGUAUCUACCACUGAUGUGCAAUUAUCUUCUAGUAAUUUAUCGACAUAUACACCUGAGGUACCGACGUCUUCCACUGUUGCGCCGACGCAAAUCACCGAAUUACAGACAAUGACUCCUAUGUCAACGUCAGAGGCAAUUACUUCUUCCACUGAGUCAAUAACGUCUUCCACGUAUGAGCCGUCGUUUACCACCGAUACGACGGCGUCUUUCACCGAGACAAUAACUACGUCCGAUAAGGCACUACAGUCUUCCACUGAGGAACAAACGUCUUACACCGAGGCAUUGGUGUCUACGAUGAAUUCGCCGAUAUCAACCACAGUGUCAACAGGUGUAUCGACAUCUACCACUGAGAUAAUGACUACUUCCGUUGAGGCCCUGUCGACUACGAUAGAGACAAUGACGUCUAACAUAGAGGUACGUACAUCCACAACUGAGGCACUGACGUCUACCUCCAAGGUAUCGGUGUCUAUCACUGAGCCAACGGAGUAUACCAUUGAAGCAACAAUGUCGUCCACUGAGACACCAGAGUUAACCACCAAAGUAUCGGCGUCUACCACUGGGGCAUCGACGUCCAUCUAUGUGGCAACAGCGUCUUCUACUAAAGCAACGCCGUCUACCACUGAGACAGUAAAGUCAUCUACCACUGAGGCGUUGGCGUUUACCACUGAUGCAACGAUGUCUUCUUCUCAGACGCUUAAGACUUCUACCGAGUUUCCGAUAUCUUCCACUGAGGUAACGGCGUCCUCCGCUGAGGUGAUUGCGUCUACCACUGAAGCGUCAACAUUUACGGCUGAGACAAAGGCGCCCUCUCCUCAGACACUGACGUCUUCAACUGAGGCAACAUCGUCUGCUGCUGAGGCAUUGGUGUCUACCGCUGUGAUAAAAUCGUCUACAACUGAGAAUCCGACAUCUGCCACUAAGGCAACGGCCUCUUCUCAGACACUGAUGAUUUCAACUGAAGCAACGCCGUUUAUCACUGAGAAAUCAGCUUCUAACACUGAUACAUCGGCUUCUUUCACCGAUGUAUUGGCGUUUACGACCCAGGCAAAAGCAUCUGCUACUGACGCGCCGAUCACUACCAACGAUACCUCGACGUCAACCAUUGAAAUAACGGCAUCUUCCACGGAGGAAAUGUCGUCUACCUAUCAGGUAACGGCGUCUUCUUUUGAAUCAACUGAGGCAACAGCGUUUACUACUGAGGCAACGGCGUCUUCUCCCCUGACACGGAAGACUUCAACUGAGGAACCGGCGAAUUCCACUGAGAUGGAUUCUACCACUGCAGAAAUGACAUCUACUUUUGAGGCGAUAACGUCUACCUCUGAGUCUACUGCUUCUACCACUGAAGACAUGCUGUCUUCCGCUGAUGCAUUUGUGUCUCCCACUCAGGAGAUUGCGUUUACUUCUGAGAGAAUGGCGUCUACCACUGAGGCUACAUCUGCCCCUGAGACUACGGGUUACACAUCUGAGGCAUCGGCGUCUUCCACUGGUGUAACAGCAUCUUCUACUGAAGCAAUGGUGUCUUCAACUGUGGAAACGGCAUCUACCUCUGAGGCGAUGGCGUUUUACACUGAGGCAACGGCGUCUUCACCUCAGACGAAUACUUCAACUGAGAUACACGCGUAUUCCACUGAACUAACGGCGUCUUCUACCACUGAUGCAAUAACUUCUACCGCUGCGGUAACUUUCUCUUCUCAUCCGACACUGAUAAACGCAACUGAGGCAACGGCCUCUACCACUGAAGGAAUGGCGUCUACCUCUGAGUUAUUGGUGUCUUCGCCUGAAGCGAUGGCGUUUACCAAUGCGGGAAUGACGUCAACCAUUGAGACUACAACAUCUGCCACUGAGACAACGGCGUUUACCAAUCAGGUAACAGCGGCUUCCACUGAUUCAAUGGCAUAUACAAGUGUAACGCCGGGGUCUACUACUGAAACACCGGCGUUUACCACGGAGGCGAUGACGUCUACUACUGAGGGAUUGGCGUCUUUAUCUGAGACGAUAGCGUCUACAACUGAGGAGAUUACGUCUACCACUGAAUCAACGACAUAUUCAAAUGAGUCAACGGUAUCUUCUCAGAAACUGGUGACUUCAACUGAGGCAACGGCAUCUACCUCUGAGGCAUUUGUGUUAACCACUGAGGUAACGGCAUCUACAAGUGAGAGAAUUUCCUCGACCUCUGAGGCGAUGGCUUCUACCACUGAAGCAGCAACAUCUGCCACUGAGACAGCGGCGUCUUCUUCUCAGACAAUGGUGACUUCAACUAAGGCAACGACGUCUGCAACUGAGGAGUCGGCUUCUAUCUCUGAGGCAUCAGCGUUUACCACCGAGGCAAUAGCAUUUACUACUGACGCGCCGAUCUCUACCACUGAGACACCAACAUCAACCAUUAAAGUAGAAGCGUCUACAUUUCAGGUGAUGGCGUCUUUCACUGAUUCAAUGUCAUCUACAAGUGUAGCGCAGUGGUCUACUACUGAAACACCGGAGUAUACCACGAAGACAUCAGCGUCUUCCACCGAGGCGAUGACGUCUACCACUGAGGGAAUGGUGUUUUCAUCUGAGGCAAUGGCGUCUACCACUGAGGACAAUACGUCUACCACUGAAGCAACGACAUAUUCCACUGAGGCAACGGCGUCUACCUCUAAGGCAUUUAUGUUUACCACUAAGGAGAAGGCGUCCUCAAGUGAGAGAAUUACGUCGACUUCUGAGGUGAUUGUUUCUACCAUUGAAGCAGCAACUACUACAUCUGAGGUUACGUCGCCUUCUCAUCAGCCACUGAUGACUUCAAUGCAGGCAACGGCUUCUGUCUCUGAGGCAUCGGCGUUUACUACCGAGGCAAUAGUAUUUACUACUGACGCACCGAUCACUACCACUGACACACCAACACCAACCAUAGAAGUAUCGGCGUCUGCCAUUGAUUCAAUGUCAUCUACAAGUGAAACGCCGGAGUCUACUACUACUUCAACACCGGCGUAUUCCAUGGAUGCCUCAGCGUCUUCCACCGAGGCGAUGACGUCUACCACUGAGGUGAUGGCGUCUACCACUGAAGCUACAACAUCUACCACUGAGACAAAGUCGCCCUCUCCUCAGACACUGAUGUCUUCAACUGAAGCAAAGUCGUUUAUUAAUCAGGUUGCGACGUCUUUUACCAAUUCAAUGCCGUUUACAAGUGAAACGCCGGGGUCUACUUCAGAGGCAUCAACGUCUAACACCGAGGCGAUGACGUCUAUCACUGAGGAAAUUACGUCUACCACUGAUGAAUCGGCUUCUAUCACUGAGGCAUCGGCGUUUACCAAGGAAGCAAUUAUAUAUACCACUAGCGCGCCGAUCCCUACCACUGAGAUACCAACGUCAACCAUUGAAGUAACGGCGUCUACCACUGAUAUAAUGGCGUCUACAUUUCAGGUAAAGGCGUCUUCCACUGAAGCGAUGCUUUCUACUACUGAAACACGGGCGUAUACCACUAUGGCAUCGGCGUCUUCUACUGAGGGAAUACCUUCUUUCACUGAAGUAACGACAUCUUCCACUUUGGCAACGGCGUCUUCUCCUCAGACACUGAUGACUUCAACUGAAGCAGUGCCUUCUUUCAUUGAAACACACAGGUCUACCACUGCGACACCGGCGUAUACCACCGAGGCACAGGUGUCUACCACUGUGGUAUCAGUGUCAACAACUGAUGCAUCGGCACCCUCCACUGAGACACCAACUUCUACCGAUGAGGCGCCAAAGUCUACCACUGAAGCGCUGAAGUAUCCGACUGAGGCGCCGACGACGGCUGCUGAGGCCACAGUGUUUACUGGUGAGUCAUCAGCAUCAACUAUUGAGCCAACGGUGCUUCCAACUGAGGUAAAGCUGUUCACCACUCAGGUUACUGCUGCUACCGCAAUGGUACCGACAUUAACCCCCGAGGCACUGACAUCAACCACUGAGGCAACGGCGUCUUCUUUUCAGACACUAUCGACUACAACAGGAGCACCGGCGUCUUCGACUGAAAUAAUGGUGUCUGCUAAUAAAAUUACGGCGUUUUCCAAUGAAGCAAUGCCUUCUACCACUGAGACUCCAGCGUCUUCCACCAAGGUACAAGUGUCAUUCAACGAGGUAUCGGCGUUAAACAUCACAAAUGGAAUAACAUUUACAACUAAACCAGAGGAGUUUGCCACUAAGUCGUCGAUGUCUUCCACUGAGGCAACGUCUUGGACCACUGAGUUAACGGCGACUACCACCAGAGAAACGAUGUCUACAAUUGAAGUAACGGCUUCAAAUGCUAAUGCAUCGAAAUAUAUUACGGAAACACUCAUGCUUAAUUCUGAGGCACCGCCGACUUCCACUAAUGGAACGGUGUUUACUACGAAGGCAUCAACGACUACCACUGAGGUGCCGACAUUUGCCAUUGAAGCAACAGCACAAUCCACUAAGGCGAUGGCGUCGUCUAUGCAGACACUGACAACUUCAACUGAAGCAACCGCUAGUAAAACCGCACAUGCUAUGCCUUCAUCAAGUGCAUCAGUAUCAACAUCAGAAGAAGCCACGCCUACAUCAACAGCAGCCAAGCUCACAUCAGAAGAAGUCACUCAUGCAUCAGAAGAAGUCACGCCUACAUCAACAGCAGCCAAGCCCACAUCAGAAAAAGUCACUCAUGCAUCAGAAGAAGUCACGCCUACAUCAACAGCAGCCAAGCCCACAUCAGAAGAAGUCACUCAUGCAUCAGAAGAAGCCACGCCUACAGCGAAGGUUAUUGCACUUUUAUCAAAAACAGCCACGCCCACAUCGAAGGCUACCACGCCUAUAACAACAGCAACCACGCCUUCAUUUCAACCAGUUACGCUUACAUCAGAAAUCACCAAAACCAGGACGGAAAUUACUGCGACUGAAAAGCCAACAACCGACUUUACAACAAUAGCAACAUCGGCUGCCUCCAUUGCUUCUACGACAGAGGCCACAACACCAAAAGUCAUAACAACCCCGUCUACGACAGAGGCCACAACACCAAAAGUCAAAACAACCAUGUCUACGACAGAGGCCACAACACCAAGAGUUAUAACGAUCACGUCUACGCCAGAGGCCACAACACCAAAAGUCAUAACGACCACGUCUACGACAGAGGCCACAACACCGAGAGUUAUAACGACCUCGUCUACAACAGAGGCCACAACACCAAAAGUCAUAACGACCACGGCUACGACAGAGGCCACAACACCAAAAGUCAUAACACCCUCGUCUACGACAAAGGUCACAACACCAAAAGUCAUAACAACCACGUCUACGACAGAGGCCACAUCACAAAAAGUCAUAACGACCUCGUCUACGACAGAGGCCACAACACCAAAAGUCAUAACAAUCUCGUCUACGACAGAGGCCACCACACCAAAAGUCAUAACAACCACGUCUACGACAGAGGCCACAUCCCAAAAAGUCAUAACGACCUCGUAUACGACAGAGGCAACAACACCAAAAGUCAUAUCGCCCACGUCUACGACAAAGGCCACAUCACAAAAAGUCAUAACGCCCUCGUCUACGACAAAGGUCACAACACCAAAAGUCAUAACAACCUCGUCUGCGACAAAGGCCACAUCACCAAAAGUCAUAACAGCCUCGUCUACGACAGAGGCCAAAAAACCAAAAGUCAUAACGACCAUAUCUACGAAUAACAACCACGUCUACGACAGAGGUCACAACACCAAAAGUCAUAACACCCACGUCUACGACAGAGGCCACAGAACCAAAAGUCAUUACGAUCCCGUUUACUACAGAGGCAACAACACCAAAAGUCAUAUCGCCCACGUCUACGACAAAGGCCACAUCACAAAAAGUCAUAACAACCUCGUCUGCGACGAAGGCCACAACACCAAAAAGGCCACAACACCAAAAGUCAUAUCGACCACGUCUACGACAAAGGCCACAACACCAAAGGUCAUAACGACAUCGUCUACGACAGAGGCCACAACACCAAAAGUCAUAACGAUCCCGUCUACGUCAGAAGCCACACCACCAAAAUUCAUAACGAUCACGUCUACGACAGAGGCCACAGAACCAAAAGUCAUUACGAUCCCGUUUACUACAGAGGCAACAACACCAAAAGUCAUAUCGACCACGUCUACGACAGAGGCCACAACACCAAAAGUCAUAAAGACCUCGUCUACGACAGAGGCCACAUCACCAAAAGUCACAACGAUCUCGUCUACGACAACCGCCACAACACCAAAAGUCAUAACGACCCCGUCUACGACAGAGGACACAACACCAAAAGACAUAACGACCACAGGCCACAACACCAAAAGACAUAACGACCACGUCUACGACAGAGGCCACAACACAGUCAUAACGACCUCGUCUACGACAGAGGCCACAACACCAAAAGUCAUAACGACCACAUCUACGACAAAGGCCACAGAACCACAAGUCAUAACGAACACGUCUACUAGAGAGACCACAGAACCAAAAGUCAUAACGACCAUAUCUACGACAGAGGCCACAACACCAAAAGUCAUAACGACCACGUCUACGACAGAGGCCACAACACCAAGAGUCAUAACGACCACGUCUACGACAGAGGUCACAACACAAAAAGUCAUAACGACCAAGUCUACGACAGAGGCCAAAAUACCAACAAUCAUAACGACCUCGACUACGACAGAGGCCACAACACCACAAAUAAUAACGACCACGUCUAUGACAGAGGCCACAACACCAAGAGUUAUAACGACCUCGUCUACGACAGAGGCCACAACACCAAAAGUUAUAACGAUCUCGUCUACGACAGAGGCCACAACACCAAGAGCUAUAACGACUUCGUUUACGACAGAGGCCACAACACCAAAAGUCAUAACAACCACGUCUACGACAGAGGCCACAACACCAAGAGCUAUAACGACUUCGUUUACGACAGAGGCCACAACACCAAAAGUCAUAACAACCACGACUACGACAGAGGCCACAACACCAAAAGUCAUAGCGACCACGUCUACGACAGAGGCCACCACACCAAAAGUCAUAACGACCUCUACGACAGAGGCCACAACACCAAAAGUCAUAACAACCUCGCCUACGACAGAGGCCACAACACCAAAAGUCAUAACGACCUCGUCAACGACAGAGGCCACAACACCAAAAGUCAUAACGACCUCGUCAACGACAGAGGCCACAACACCAAAAGUCAUAACAACCUCGUCUACGACAGAGGCCACAACACCAAAACUCCUAACCACCACCUUUACGACAGAGGCCACAACACCAAAAGUCAUAACAACCUCGUCUACGACAGAGGCCACAACACCAAAAGUCAUAACGACCACGUCUACGACAGAGGCCACAACACCAAAAGUCAUAACGACCCCGUCUACGACAGAGGACACAACACCAAAAGACAUAACGACCACGUCUACGACAGAGGCCACAGCACCACAAAUCAUAUCGACCACGUCUACGACAGAGGCCACAACACCAAAAGUCAUAAAGAUCUCGUCUACGACAACUGCCACAACACCAAAAGCCAUAACCACCUCGUCUACGACAAAGGCCACAACACCAAAAGUCAUAACGACCACAUCUACGACAAAGGCCACAGAACCAACAGUCAUAACGAACACGUCUACUACAGAGGCCACAGAACCAAAAGUCAUAACGACCAUAUCUACGACAGAGGCCACAACACCAAAAGUCAUAACGACCUCGUCUACGACAGAGGCCACAACACCAAGAGUCAUAACGACCACGUCUACGACAGAGGCCACAUCACAAAAAGUCAUAACGACCAAGUCUACGACAGAGGCCAAAAUACCAACAAUCAUAACGACCUCGACCACGAGAGAGGCCACAACACCACAAAUAAUAACGACCACGUCUACGACAGAGGCCACAACACCAAGAGUUAUAACGACUUCGUUUACGACAGAGGCCACAACACCAAAAGUCAUAACAACCUCGUCUACGACAGAGGCCACAACACCAAGAGUUAUAACGACUUCGUUUACGACAAAGGCCACAACACCAAAAGUCAAAACAACCUCGCCUACGACAGAGGCCACAACACCAAAGGUCAUAACAACCACGUCUACGACAGAGGCCACAACACCAAAAGUCAUAACAACCUCCUCUACGACAGAGGACACAACGCCAAGAGUUAUAACGACCUCGUCUACGACAGAGACCAUAAUACCAAAAGUUAUAACGACUACGUCUACGACAGAGGCCACGACACCAAAAGUCAUAACACCCUCGUCUACGACAAAGGCCACAACACCAAAAGUCAAAACAACCUCGCCUACGACAGAGGCCACAACACCAAAAGUCAUAACGACCACGUCUACGACAGAGGCCACAACACCAAAAGUUAUAACGACCACGUCUACGACAGAGGCCACAACACCAAGAGUUAUAACGACCUCGUCUACGACAGAGACCAUAACACCAAGAGUUAUAACGACUACGUCUACGACAGAGGCCACAACACCAAAAGCCACAACACCAAAAGUCAUAACGACCUCGUCUACGACAGAGGCCACAACACCAAAGGUCAUAACGAUCUCGUCUACGACAGAGGCCGCAACACCAAAAGUCAUAACAACCAUGUCUACGACAGAGGUCACAACAGCAAGAGUUAUAACGAUCCCGUCUACGACAGAGGCCACAACACCAAAAGUCAUAAAGACAACGUCUACUACAGAGGUCACAACACCAAAAGUCAUAACGACCACAUCCACGACAGAGGCCACAACACCAAAAGUCAUAACUACCAAGACUACGACAGAGGCCACAACACCAAAAGUUAUAACGAUCCCGUCUACGACAGAGGCCACAACGCUUAAAGUCAUAACAACCACGUCUACGACAGAGGCCACAACACCAAAAGUCAUAAAGACCUCGUCUACGACAGAGGCCACAACACCAAAAGUUAUAACGACCAAGUCUACGACAGAGGCCAAAACACCAAAAGUCAUAACGACCACGUCUACGACAAAGGCCACAGAACGAAAAGUCAUAACGAUCCCGUCUACUACAGAGGCCACAACACCAAAAGUCAUCACGACCACGUCUACGACAGAAGCCACAUCACCAAAAGUCAUAUCGACCACGUCUACGACAGAGGCCACAACACCAAAAGUCAUAACAACCACGUCUACUACAGAGGUCACAACACCAAAAGUCAUAUCGACCUCAUCCACGAUAGAGACCACAACACCAAAAGUCAUAACUACCACGACUACGACAGAGGCCACAACACCAAAAGUCAUAAAGACCUUGUCUACGACAGAAGCCACAUCACCAAAAUUCAUAUCGACCACGUCUACGACAGAGGCCACAACACCAAAAGUCAUAACGAUCCCGUCUACGUCAGAAGCCACACCAUCAAAAUUCAUAACGAUCACGUCUACGACAGAGACCACAGAACCAAAAGUCAUAACGACCACGUCUACGACAGAGGCCACAACACCAAACGUUAUAACGAUCCCGUCUACGCCAGAGGCCACACCACCAAAAGCCAUAAAGACCUUGUCAACGACAGAAGCCACACCAUCAAAACUCAUAACGAUCACGUCUACGACAGGGACCACAGAACCAAAAAUCAUAACGACCACGUCCACGACAGAGGCCACAAUACCAAAAGUAAUAACUACCACGACUACGACAGAGGCCACAACACCAAAAGUUAUAGCGAUCUCAUCUACAACAGAGGCCUCAACACCAAGAGUUAUAACGACUUCGUCUACGACAGAGGCCACAACACCAAAAGUCAUCACGACCACGUCUACGACAGAGGCCACAAUACCAAAAGUAAUAACUACCACGACUACGACAGAGGCCACAACACCAAAAGUCAUAAAGACCACGUCUACUACAGAGGUCACAACACCAAAAGUCAUAACAACCACGUCUACAACAGAGGCCACAACACCAAAAGUCAUAACGACCUCGUCUACGACAGAGGUCACAACACCAAAAGUCAUAACAACCACGUCUACGACAGAGGCCACAACACCAAGAGUCAUAACGACCAAGUCUACGACAGAGGCCAAAAUACCAACAAUCAUAACGACCAUGUCUACGACAGAGGCCACAACACCAAAAGCCAUAACGAUCUCGUCUACAACAGAGGCCACAACACCAAGAGUUAUAGCGACCAAGUCUACGACAGAGGCCACAACACCAAAAGUCAUAAAGACCACGUCUACUACAGAGGCCACAACACCAAAAGUCAUAACGAUCACGUCUACGACAGAGGCCACAACACCAAGAGUCAUAACGACCAAGUCUACGACAGAGGCCAAAAUACCAACAAUCAUAACGACCAAGUCUACGACAGAGGCCAAAAUACCAACAAUCAUAACGACCAUGUCUACGACAGAGGCCACAACACCAAAAGUCAUAACGAUCUCGUCUACAACAGAGGCCACAACACCAAGAGUUAUAGCGACCAAGUCUACGACAGAGGCCACAACACCAAAAGUCAUACCGACCACGUCUACGACAGAGGCCAAAAUACCAACAAUCAUAACGACCAAGUCUACGACAGAGGCCAAAAUACCAACAAUCAUAACGACCAUGUCUACGACAGAGGCCACAACACCAGCAAUCAUAACGACCAAGUCUACGACAGAGGCCAAAAUACCAACAAUCAUAACGACCUCGACUACGACAGAGGCCACAACAGCAAUCAUAACGACCACCUCUACGACAGAGGCCACAACACCACAAAUCAUCACAACCACGUCUACGACAGAAGCAACCACACCACAAACUACCACGUCUACGAAAGAGGCCACAAAACCAGCAAUCAUAACGACCAAGUCUAUAACAGAGGCCACAACACCAAAUGUCAGAACGACCACGUCUACGACAGAAGCCACAACACCAAAAGUCAUAACGACCAAGUCUACAACAGAGGCAACAUUACCAAAAAUACAAACGGCAAAGCCUACAACAGAGGUCACGACCCCAAAUAUACGAUCAACAUCUUGGAUAACUGCAGGGAAAAUACCAAGGAUACAUAAAACAACGUCUACCACAGCGACAGAAAGACCAAAAGUACAAACAAGUACGUCUACCACAAAGGCCACAAUACCAGGAAUAAAUACGAACAUAUCGGCAAUAGAAACAACAAAACCGCCAGUACAAACAACUACGUCGUCUGCAGUAGAGGUACAAACCCUAGGAUUACUUACGACCAAGUUUACAACAAAGGCCACACCACAAGAAAUACAAGCCGACAUGUCAACAACAAAGGAAAGACUAACAAGACAACAAACCACUAAAGUGGAACCAAAACAACACAUGACCUUUGCAACAGAGGCCACCACACCUGGUUUAAUUAGGACUGCAUCUAAAACAGAGGCAGCAACAUCAACAAUGAAAAUGACCAUAAGUAGAAAAGAUGCCACAACAUCAAGAAUGCAAACGUCGAAAUCUACCAAAGGUACCACAACACCGGACUCAGCAGAAACGCCUUUUAAAACCAAGAGGGUCAUGUCCGUUCGGUUAAUAUGCCUUCCUUCUACCACAAAAGGUACUACUCCCGUUGGGAUAAGAUGUUUCACAUCCACUGAAAGUACUAAACCGUCUGGAACAGAAAUUCCUACGACAACAUUAGGUACCACCUCCGGUGACAUACGAUGCUUCACGUCUAGUUCCACAGACGGUACCACUUCGACUGAAACAGAAGUUCCUACUACUACAACAGAAGGUACUACUUUCGAUAGAGUAAGAUGCUUCACAACAACCUCCACAGACGGUACGACUUUAACUGGAACAGAAAUCCCUUCUACAACAGGAGGUUCUACUUUCGAUGGCGUAAGAUGCUUCACAACCACUUCUACAGACGGUACCACUUCCGCUGGAACAGAAAUCCCUACUACAACAGAAGGUACUACUUUCGAUAGAGUAAGAUGCUUCACAACAACCUCCACAGACGGUACGACUUUAACUGGAACAGAAAUCCCUACUACAACAGGAGGUUCUACUUUCGAUGGCGUAAGAUGCUUCACAACCACUUCUACAGACGGUACCACUUCCGCUGGAACAGAAAUCCCUACUACAACAGAAGGUACUACUUUCGAUGACGUAAGAUGCUUCACAACCACUUCUACAGAAAGUACCACUUCCGCUGGAACAGAAAUCCCUACUACAACAGAAGGUUCUAGUUUCAAUAGAGUAAGAUGCUUCACAACCACUUCUACAGUCAGACCCACUUCCACUGGAACAGAAAUUCCUACGACAACAGGAGGUACUACUUCCGGUGACAUACGAUGCUUCACGUCUAGAUCCACAGACGGUACCACUUCGACUGAAACUGAAGUUCCUACUUCAACAGAAGGUACUACUUUCGAUGGCGUAAGAUGCUUCACAACCACUUCUACAGACGGUACCACUUCCGCUGGAACAGAAAUCCCUACUACAACAGAAGGUACUACUUUCGAUGGCGUAAGAUGCUUCACGACCACUUCCACAGACGGUACCACUUCCGAUGGAACAGAAAUCCCUACGACAACAGGAGGUACUACUUCCGGUGACAUACGGUGCUUCACUUCUAGUUCUACAGACGGUACCACUUCGACUGAAACUGAAGUUCCUACUACAACAGAAGGUACUACUUUCGAUAGCGUAAGAUGCUUCACAACAGCCUCCAUAGACGGUACGACUUCAAUUGGAACAGAAAUCCCUACUUCAACAGGAGGUACAACUUUCGAUGGCGUAAGAUGCUUCACAACCACUUCCACCGACGGUACCACUUCCGCUGGAACAGAAAUCCCUACAUCAACAGGAGGUUCUACUUUCGAUGGAGUAAGAUGUUUCAUAUCUCCUUCCACAGAAAGUUCAACUGAAACCGAAUUUCCGAUCACAUCGACUACUGAAAGCAACAAAUCUGUUGAAGAUACAACUACAGAGGGUACCAUCACUGAUGGUAUUGAUACUGCAUCACAAGCACCAGACACUCUUGAGAAUAUCCCUUCGUUUGAGAGGGAAAACCUAACCGCAUCUACUGCAGAAAGUACAGCUUCCACUGAUAGCUUCCCUGCCGACGACGACGACGGAAAAGUCUACGUCAUUAUUGAAGGAGCGGGUAUAGUGUUCUUGGUAUUAUCGCGUUAUUAA